AUGUUCAAACCUACUCUUCUUCUCCUCACGCUCCUUCUGGCCCUCGUCUCCACCUCCUUUGUUUCAGCGGGCCACCUCGUGCCGGACAUCGGCACCUCUCGCUCGCACCCUGCCUAUCCGUUUCCUCGCGAACCGCUCUUCGCCUGCGUCAUCCGAUCUGCAUCCUGCCGAAGCACCUCGAACUACCUCUCGCUGCACUACGACCCUGCACUUUACCUCAAGACGUGUCACCACGAGGGAGGCGUCAAAGGCUUCUUCCACCGCCUCCUGCCGUUUGGUCGCAACGGCGGUGUCUUUACCAACACCUUCUGGGUCGAGGGCUCCGGGAUUAGGGUCAAUUGGACCCCUCGCGGCGUUCAGGAGACGCUCGAGGAUGGCAUCAACCUCAAGACCAGAUGCAACGCCCAUGUGACGUGCGCUAGAGCUGAAGACGUCGAUCGAAAGUGCUUCCCCAAGAACUAG